ACUCUCUUUCACGAACUCAUAUAUUUCAGUUGAAGGAGCGUCUCCAUGGUGUUACUAAGGGGACCGAUUCGAUGCAAUCCUAUUUGGACACGGUUCUCACUAUUGUGUCGUCUUUCAAACUGGCUCAUGAAGAAAUCUCUGAACAAGAUAUUAUCCUUUGUGUUCUACGAGGUCUACCGGCCGACUAUGCCUCCCUCAAGCAAAAUAUUCGCACCAAUAUUGCCACCGUCACUUUUAAUCAGGUCUCCUCUUGGUUGUUGUCUGAAGAAUUGAAUUUAUCUUUUGAGAAAAAAUUGUCUCUUGGUGAUUCCGGCUCUACUUCGUCUGUUGACAUUCAUACUGCUCUCUACACCAACUCCGGACGAGGCAAUGGUCGGGGUCGUGGCCGUGGACCACAGCGAGGCCGAGGAGGGCCUUACCGCGGCAGUCAGCCCGGCGGCAGAGGCGGCCGGCAGCCGCAGUACCGCGACGACGCACGCGGCAGAGGAGGUGGCCGGGGGUCCAUCACGUGCCAACUCUGUGGGAAGCCUGGCCAUGCGGUCUGGAAUUGUUGGCACCGCUACGAUGAAUCAUAUGCUGGUCCUCCGCAGGCGUUUUAUGCAAAUCAAUCUGCUGAAUCUAGUUCGAACUGGCAUCUGGACACUGGCGCAAACACCCAUGUUACGCCUGAUCUGUCUCGGCUGCAUACUUUGACACCGUACCAUGGCACCAAUUCCAUCACAACUGCAGGAGGUAACACCUAUCCCAUUGACCAUACAGGCUCAG